UACUAAAAAAGAACAAUCUCUAUAUUAGAAAAAAAUCUAAUAGUGUGCAAUGUAAGGGAAACUAAUCCUGCUUCAGAUAUGCUAUUAUGUCUUAGCAGGAGUUCAGCACCCCCAAGUAACAACAUGUUGGAGGGAAAGCUACCUAUAAAAGCAUCUGUUUGAUUUUCUGUUCUUUCAUUUCACUUAGAAUCUCUAAGCAUACCUUUGCUAUAUUAAAAACAGAAUCUGUAAAACAUCAAUAAAAUAUCAAUGAAAGAAAACUUCAGUAUUAUGUUUAUAUAUUCAAUUUUUUUGAUAUUAAUUGUAUUCAUAUAUACUAAUGAAACAGUUGCUCAAGUAACAGAUGAUGAGAGUUGUGAAACAUUACAAUCAGAAGUACAUAUUACAAAAGAUGAAUAUGAUGAAAUAGGUCGGUUGAAAAGAACAUGUAGUGGAGAUAUAUCUGUUACAAAAUGUGAAGGAUUUUGUAAUUCACAGGUACAACCAAGUGUAGCAAGUACAACAGGAUUUUCAAAGGAAUGUUAUUGCUGUCGUGAAAGUUAUUUAAAAGAAAGACAUAUUACACUACAUCAUUGUUAUGAUGCAGAUGGUAUAAAAUUAAUAAAUGAAGAAAAUGGAGUAAUGGAAAUCAAGAUACGUGAACCAGUAGAAUGUAAAUGUAUUAAAUGUGGUGAUAUAUCACAAUAAAUAAAUUAUAAAAGUGAUAAUAAAAUUAUCAUUUAUAAAUUAUGUAAUAAAAAUUAUAUAGUUCAAAAUAAAAAU